GACAGUGGCCGCAGCAUGAGAAGUCAGUGGGGCCCGCUGCUCCUGGCCUUCGAGGAGGACCCUCUGCAGCAGCCCCUGGAGCUGGCGGUGCGGCAAGUCUCAAGUGUGGCCAGGUCGGCCCAAGAGAAGCUGGUGUCUUGUCACGUGGUGGGCGAGGCCAUCCGGUUCCUGGUCAGCACGGGGCCAGCUUCGCCCGCGGACUCGGGGCGCCAGCAGUAUGAUGUGAGCCUCUCCCCGUGCCAUCUACAGCUGGAGCUCCACAUGAAGGAGGAGACAGAGGACAUUCGGAUCGGGUGGUCGUUCCUCAGCGAGCCAGGGGUGGCCAUCACGGUCCGGCCCAAAGCCCCGGGAGAGGACCGGGCGGUGGAGGUGCACGCAGUGUCGCAAGCGCUCAGGGACAUUUUGAAGCACCUGGUCGGUCCCGCCUCCCCGGCGGUGGUUCUGAGCGCCAAGCCUGUGGACGCGAGGGAUGUGCAGAAUCUCCAGCGUGCUUCCCCCGCCCCUCAGGACCCCUGUCCUCCCAAACCUCCAAGGGCUCACGAACUCAAGUUGCUGGUGAAGAACAUCCGAGCCUCGCUGCUAAACGGCGCUGGUGCUUCAGGCGACCUGAAUCUGCUGUGCACGCUUCAGCUGAACGAGCCUGUUCAGAAGUUGUCCAGCGCCCUCCCCCCAAACACUACGGACCUCACCUGGGAAGAGGAGUUCACCUUUGAGUUGAAUGCCAGGUCCAAGGAGUUGUGCCUGCAGAUUUCAGAGGAUGGGAGACCCUCGGAAGCUCUGCUGGCGAUGACAACUGUCCCUUUAGAUUUGUUUAAGAAGCAGCCUUCCGGGCCACAAAGCUUCACGCUGACCAGCGGGCCCUCCGUGGGCAGCUCGGUGUUGGGUUCGGUCACCGCGGAGUUCUGUUACAUAGAACCCUGCGAAGCGAAGCCCCGGCAGAGCCCGCCGCCCGUUCCUGCUGCCAAGAUAGAGAAAGACCGCACGGUGAUGCCGUGCGGGACGGUGGUCACCACCGUCACCGCCGUGAAGACCAAGCCUCGCUUCGACGCGGGGCGGGCGUCCCCGCUGAGCCCUGACUCUCCCCUCAGGACGCCCGUCAAGGUGAGGGUGAUUGAGAAGGACAUCUCCGUCCAGGCCAUCUCCUGCUGCAGCGCCCCCGUCAGCAAGACCCUGUCUUCCUCGGACACAGAACUGUUGGUGCUAAACGGCUCGGAUCCUGUGGCCGAGGUCGCCAUCCGGCAGCUCAGCGAGUCCUCGAAGCUGAAGCUCAGGCCACCACGGAAGAAGAGCACCAUCAUCAUAUCGGGGGUCUCCAAGACCUCGCUGUGUCAGGACAGCGAUGCUGGCCUGAUGCUGGACUAUGUGGCCUCUAUGGACAGCGCCCGCGGAGAGGAGGCCCUGUUCCAGCCAGGGGCGCCUGCAGCCUCCGCUCCCCUGGAGGAGGACGCCUCGGCUGGGGCCCCGCCAGCCCUGGAGCCCCAGGACUGUGAGCUGGCCCCCUGGGACUUGGAGGAAGUGCCGCGGGAGCCCGACACAGAUGAGCUGUCCGAGAGCUCCCUGAGCGUCUCGGAGCCGGGCGCUGCCAAGAAGCAUAAAGGCCUGCUGAGGAGAGGCGCCAAGCUGUUCUUCCGCCGGCGACGGCCGCAGAAGGAGCCCGGCCUGAGCCAGUCGCACAACGACCUCGUGUUCCUGCAGCAGCCGGAGGGCGCGCGGAGGAAGGGUGCCACGCUCGCCAGGAUCCUCAACAGGAGGCUGCUGUCCAGGCACAGAAGCAAGAGUGCGGUGAACGGGGAGUCCUGCGCCUAGGCUGCGGUCGGCCCGCGCCCGGCCACAUGCGGCGAGCGACCCGCCAGGACGGAGCGGGGGUGCCGGCCAGCGGUCAGGUGCCGCCUGGUGCCGCGUGCCACCUUUUCCAGGGGAAGAGAACCUGAGUCUCCAGCCGGCAAAGCCCACUCACCACCAGACCCCGGGGCGACGGCGCCCCUCCGCCACGUCCGUGGGCCGGAGUUCCAGAUUAGACGAAGGUCGACACGAUGAACUCGAGCGCCACGCGCCGUGGAGGGGGCGGGUCUGGGGGCUCGGGCUCACCCUCUCUGUGCUCUGCCGGGCAUCAUCCUGAGUCCACACCUGGGCUGCAGCACGAGGAGGAGGCGACCUCUGUGCUGUCACUGUGAACGGAGUGCGUAGGUCACCUCUCCGAAGCGGCAGCUCCAGAUGAAACCGUGCAGCUGGCCCUGAGUACCGAGGGGUGGGACGUCGGCGGAUUUGGGUAGAGAAGUUACCCUAGGAGUGGAAACACUAUGACAAAUGUAGGAAGACGUUUGCCUUUGCUAUUAGCCAUAGAACUUGAAAAAUUAUGCAAAUACUGAGUAUAUCCUAUGCAUAUUAUGCCGAACACUUUUCUAAGUUUACUUUGAGCCUAUUUGCAAGUGGGAGAUAUAUAAAUUCUUAAUGUGGUUUUGACAUUUUUCUCUAUAGUGUCAAAAGCUCUAAUAAUAUGGUGUGGCAGUCGACACUCGGAUUCUUCCCCCCAUCUGGCACACUUUCGAAAAGAGUGCAGCGAGCCUCUCCAGUGAACAGCUCCGGGAGUGUGGUACCCACACACACCUGGGUUUUCUUUAGUCCAAGCUUGGUUUGCCAAAUAUUGCCAACGGCCGAAACAAAGUACUAUUAGGGCAAAAGAGGAAACUAUUUUACGUCUCGGGUGAGAGUCUUAGGAAUGGAAGAUUAACAGCCAGUGGGCCACGUGCGCAUCAGAGUCCUUUCUGGGCCCUUGAAAAUUCUACUGUGAAUGCUUCACACAUUUUGAUGUGGCUCUGUUUUGAUUUGUGACGGAAAAAAAUGAUAAACUCGAUAUACAAUUUCAAUAUCCCCGAGUGUCUUUCAAAUUACCUUCCACAUCGGUGCAACGAAGUUGUCACAUUGGUCCUCUCCCGAACGUGCCACUUUUAGGAGAUGUGCUUGUUAAAAUGUAGUUGUCAUCAGGAUGAAAGGUUCUGAUGGUUGAAUCAGAUUCAUUUUCUCCAACACGAUUUAAAAGGCUCUCGUGAAAACUUGGCUUUUGUCACGGACGUGAAAUUGGGUGAGCUCUUUCCUACAGGUGCUUUCGUUAAUCCUUAAACAUAUAUUUCAGGGGGUAAUAGAGCCAUUGAUGAACAAAAAGCUUUAUAAAAAUCAAAAUUAUAGAAUUUGUUCCUUUUUUAGAGGGAGAAUUUAGAAAACUACAUUAAGAAUUCUACUUUAAUAUGCACAUUAAAAAAUUCUUAGGUAUCCCAGUAAUUACAAGUGACUGUAAAGCAACUUAUUUACCAUACUUUGUUUUUAAAGAUUAUAUUCCAAUUUUAGUCAUUGUAAAAUAGCAUCUGGCAUUACAAACUAUAUUAAUACUAAGUUAGUCCCCACAGGUUAGUAACCCAUUCUAGUCUCUAGUCAAACGAUCGAGUUACAGACAUCUCACGUGACUUAGCCUGAUAUAUACACGAUGGGAUCUGGAGUUAUAAAAAAUCUUACUCCCCCAAAGACCGAUGGUCCUUUUAAUGUUUUGUUUUACUUGAAGGAUUUCUGUUCUUCCUCGUGGUAGGUGGAGUGUGUGACACAUAAAAAUUAAGAUUCUAAGAGGAUAUCAUGUGUCCAAAUAUCAGACACUGAUCAGAAGUUUUUAGUAGUUUUUUCUUUGUUUGAUUUUGAAAUUCAGAUGGACUCAGUUUAUUCCAAGGUGAAGGUAUCGGAGUUUUAGAUUAAGUUUCCUCACCCUCUAAAAACAAAAUUUGUUUUUAGCCAUUCACUGUUUAACGCCUCAUCAAGGGCGUGGCUUUCUCAGCUUCCUCGUGACUUGAAACCUCUCCAGGGUCCAGGUGGGCUUGUCUCUCCCGAGAGUGUGAAGCAGGUGGGUUCCGGGAGGCAGAGUGUUGUCAAGGAAACCCAGGUCUCUUGAUGUCUGUUGCGGACAUUUGAGAACAGUCCAAGAGCCCGUCCUCCAGACACACGCCCUUGGUAUCCGUGGUGGCCUUUGCUGAAGGUAUGGAGGGUGCUCACGUAGCAGGGGACAAGGAGGAUGCGGAACAUGAGGGGAGCUUCAGGGUAGCGCCGGGAGACGGUGGGUGGUAUCGAUACUGUGAACGUUUCUCUUCCACGCCGUUUAUCCAGGUUUGCGUUUUAAUGGCGUGGGGUGUUUGUGGGAAGUCGGUGUCAGUAAGGUUAAAUAUUGUAAAGAUUAUGCACCAAAGGCGAAACACCCCAAUUUGUAGAGCAUUUAGUCCCUUGCCUUUGCCACCUAUGUGAGUGGCUUGACGGCUUUUUGUUUUUAUGGUUUUGAGGUUUUUUUUUUUUUUUUUUGGUCUUGAUGAAAUUUUUGCAGAAUGGUAUCUUAAAAGUGAUUCCUUACGAACACUAACAUUAACGCAUGUCUGUCUGGACCCAGGAGUGCCCGUUGCUUUCGAUGGGCGUGCCACGCUUCCGCCCUGUGCGUGUGUCAGGACGUGCGUGUUCUUCGUGGAGGAGAGUAGUGGGGUGUCACGCGUGAGUGCAUUCUAACGUGGCAUUGACAAAAGUGCCCGUCUCAUCAUUCCGAUUGAAAACCUGCUGCAAGGAAGAAGGUUUAGACAGAGCGCUUUAUAUCAAGUCUCAAGUUUAAGUUCAAGACCCGCCCUUGACUCCUGUGAUGGCUGCCUGGCCGGUCACUGCUAACCAAUCAUUAAUUAGGGGCCUGUCUAGAUUUUUUGAUUGGUUCUACCACCGCGUCGAUAGAAGAACAUUGCAAACGUUUCCUCUUGAGCAGACAGAGAAGGACGGAUUCGCGUCGCUGCCACCGGACACGGGCGUUUUCUGACUAGUGCUCCUGGCUCUUGGAGCCUCCGAGUACAAGCUGGAGGUCAGCAUGCCUAUUCCAGAGACCCGCCAAGGCGCUAUCACCAAAGCCAGCGGCCGUGCACCGCUAACCCCUGCAGGGGACACUCAGGUUACCUCCGCGUGACUCCUUCCCCUCGGCAUCCCUGCUCCACCUGUAAGGAGGCAUUAACCUGCCCAGUUUGCCCAGCUUCCAACUGGUCAGCAACGUACCAUUUAAAAUUUAGCCUUGUAGUUUUUAUUUUUUUUGCCUAAUGUCACAUCAAAGCUGCAUUUAAAAAAAAAAAAAUGAAAGGUUUUCUAGGUAUGUGGAAAGGUUUGGCUUGUGAUCAAGUGACGAAUUUACAUGACAAUGAUUGUAUUUCUCAGUAGCACUUUAAAAGCCAAGGGCGGUCCUGCACCAGCCCCCGUGUGCUGGGUUCAUUUGGGGACGAGGUGGCUGGAACACAAAUGGUCUUGAAAGAAAUAAACGUGCACAUGGAACACUAAA